AUGAGUUUUACGAACAAAGUCGUGGUGGUGACGGGCGCUGGCUCCGGUAUCGGGGCGGCGGCCGCGCUGCAGUUCGCGGCGGAGGGCGCGCGCGUGGUGCUGGUGGACAGGGACGAGGCGCGGCUGCGGGACGUGCGCGCGCAGUGUCCGCGCCACGACCAAGAGCUGCUGCUGCUCGCCGCAGACAUCGCCCGAGAAGACGAACCGCACAGGAUCAUUCAAGAAACUGUAAACAAGUUCGGGAAACUAGACGUGCUCGUUAACUGCGCUGCCAUUUUUAGAGUAAACUCUGGUUUAGACGAGAAUAUUAUGGAGACAUACGAUGAGGUAAUGAAUGUUAAUUUGCGAGCACUCGUCCUAUUAACAACGUUAGCAGCACCCCAUCUGGUGGAGAGUAAAGGCAACAUUGUCAAUAUAUCGAGCGUUGCUGCAGUCAUGGCUCUGGGUGCAGAGAACGCAGUGUACUCUAUCUCCAAAGCCGGUGUGGAGCACUUUACGCGCGGUGCUGCCUUAGAGCUGGCCGCUUCUGGUGUAAGAGUGAAUGCGGUCCGCCCCGGACCGGUGAGGACUCGCAUCGCAGAGAACUGUGGUCGCGAUAUGAAUUGUGAUGAUUGGAGUGAUUUAACUAAAAUCGGCAGAAUAUCAGAGCCCCAGGAAAUCGCAGAUACAAUUUUGUUCCUGGCCAACGAUAAAGCUAAAGGAAUAACGGGAUCAAUAUUUACAGUCGACAAUGGAAUGGUUUUUUAG